AUGGCACCUACACAUCUCGUCCACUCAGCCGCGCACACCCUUCUCUCCCGCCUCAUGACCCGCGCGGCAACUACACCAGGCAACAGCAUCCCCCUCGCCUCCGUCUUCGCCCUCGUUGGCUCCGCAGCCCAGAGUAGCUCGUCCUCGUCCUCCUCGUACGGCCUAGGCAGCCGCUCCCUCCUCAGCCCAGACCUCCUCGAUAAGCGGCAGCAAUACAUCCUCGCCAUUCCCACCACCUACGACACCAUCAACUCAUCACCUGAGCCAGGCGCAGUCGCGGGCAUCACACUCGGAGCCGUGUUCGGCGCUAUCCUGCUAUUAUACCUGAUUCUCCUGAUCCUGCGGCAGUACACAGGCCGCAACAUUGUCGAGACAGAGAUACGCGAAACACAUCACCACCAUCGCGGAAGUCGCCGUUCGCGGUCUCGAAGCAGCCGGGGCAGGAGCGCCAUGACGGAACGUAGGAGGGAGCGAGAAGAGAUACGCAUCGAAAGGUCGGUGAGCAGACCGGCACCCGUGGAGGAAAGUGUCAUGGUGGAGGAGGAGGAAGACGACGUCGUCGAGGUCAUUGAGGAGCACAGUCCGGAGCGGCCGGCGAGGAGGAAAUCCGGGUACCGUACGGUAGAUCCAGCAGAGUUUGGAGGUGGGAACGAGCCGAGGAGGAAGCUGGGAAGGCGGUGA